CCAACCUCACCUGUUCAGCCAUAACGAUCGUCCAUCCAAAUUCCCCAUUCCUCCUACUCAUUGACAUUUUGCUAAUGCCACAAUGCCUUGGAAUUGCACUGCAAAUAUUUCUUCAAACAGACUUCGUCCUUCUUAUGCAAUCGAGAGCUCGGGUUCGAUGGUUCGAAGCGCGCAUCGCCGCUCGUCGAUUACAUGACAUGCAUGAUACGAAGUGGUCUAUCUGUAAUACUCACAAUGAGCGCACACAGACGACAUUUGCCUUUACGAUUUCCCCAUGUUCCGGUACUGCUAUCUGCGCUUCCUCGGCCUGAUGGCUUUGCUACGGCUCGAAGCUGCUGGCACCGAUUACGAGCCGCGCCGUGCCGCAUUCGAUGGCUGAUGAUGCAUAGCAAACUUGCCUGCUGCUCAAGCCAAUGUACUUCCGCAUACUCAGUAUCGGUACGCCCUUAUCACUUUUCGAAGUACUGUGUACGUUGUAGAUUCCAGGUGGACUUUGUUACUUUUCCAGGCACAACCCAUGUCAGAUUGCCCAUGCAGUCACUUUAUACGUCCUUAGCGCUAUGUAUCCCUUGCCCGGCUGUGCCAGAGUACCCGUGUGGGGAAGCGCAAACAAGGUCGUAGCUGAUAGAGAUCAGCGUCAAUUCAAUAAGCUAAGGAAGUAUCGAGGUGUUGGACAACGAUAACCCUCGAUCUGAAGUGCGCACAAUCGAGAUU